GUGCUAAGGGGUGGGUGGGAGCAGGGAAGACUUGCAGCGCGCAAUCACUCAGCCAGCAUGGAUCCACAGAAACUGCGGGAUCUUAGCGCCUUUGUGCAGCUUUGCAAAGGGAACCCGGCUGUGUUGCAUCUGCCCGAGUUACGCUUCUUUAAGGAAUGGCUUGAAAGUAUGGGAGCAGCCAUCCCACCAGCAGCAGAACACCCGAAAUUUCAGGAGUCGUCAAAGAAAGCAGACACAGAAGAGAAGGCACCGGCUCCAUCUCCAGAGCCAUCUUCUGAGAGUGAAGAGAGUGAGCUAGAGAUCGAUAAGGAAGGUGUGAUUGAGCCAGAUAUUGAUGAACCCCAGGAAAUGGGAGAUGAAAGCCUUGAGGUUUCAGAGGAACUAAUGGAUCAAGCCAAUGAAAAGAAAAUGGAAGCUAUUAAUGCAUUGAGUGAGGGAAACUUGGAAAAAGCUAUUGGCCACUUUACAGAGGCUAUUAAGUUGAAUCCACGUCUGGCUGUUCUUUAUGCUAAACGAGCCAGUGUCUAUGUGAAAAUGCAGAAACCUAAUGCAGCUAUUCGGGACUGUGACAAAGCCAUCAGCAUCAAUCCUGACUCAGCACAGCCUUACAAGUGGAGGGGAAAAGCACACAGAUUGCUUGGUCACUGGGAGGAGGCAGCACGGGAUCUGGCCACAGCCUGUAAAUUGGAUUAUGAUGAUGAUACCAGCUCUACGCUUAAGGAGGUGCAACCUCGGGCUCAAAAGAUUAUAGAACACAGAAGAAAAUACGAAAGGAAGCGUGAAGAGAAGGCUAUGCGAGAGCGAAUAGAGCGUGCAAAAAAAGCAAAGGAGGAACAUGAAAAAGCACGUAAGGAGGAAGAGGCUCGCCGUCCAGGGGCAGCUGGAUUCAGUGGUUUCCCAGGAGGUGCUGGUGGUUUUCCAGGAGGAAUGCCUGGGAUGGCAGGAAUGCCUGGUUUGAAUGAUCUACUUGGUGACCCAGAGGUGCUUGCAGCUAUGCAGGAUCCUGAGAUAAUGGCUGCAUUCCAAGAUGUGGCCCAGAACCCAGCUAACAUCUCAAAAUACCAGAACAACCCCAAGGUGAUGAAUUUUGUGGGAAAACUAUCAACUAAAUUUGGUGCCAAGCCAUAAAGGGGCAGAUCACAGGCUGUUGGAAAUUUAAUCUUAAUUAGAAUUCCCUCCCCACCACCCCAUGCACUGCUCUUGUAUCUAUAUACCUCCCAAUGUUCAGAGUAGCCUGCUAUAUUUUUGAGUCUCUUUCUUAUAGACUUUGGUUUUUUUGAAACGGAAAAAAAUUGUUUCUCAUGCAAAUAAACUCUCAUGCUGCUUAAUGUCUAUGGUGACCUGGGUCUGGAAACAGGUUUAUCACUCACACUGAGACUUGAGAGUAUUAACCCUUUCACUACAAACGUUGGGGAUAUUUGAUGCCUCUUCUAUCAAUUAAUGCUAAAAUAAACUGUUUAAAAUUG